CGACAAUGGCGCCACUGGGCAAACGGAAAAGAAGGGAGUCUGGCCCCAGAAAAGAGUAUCAAAGGCCUCGCCAACUCAAACGAAAAAGACAGGAGGAGGAUAUCGAAACACUCAGCCAACGAGUCACCGACCUCGAUCCCAGGUCUGCGGCACCACCCGACAACUUCAUUGACCUUCCACUCUCACAAGCCACGCAGGAUGGCCUUUCCUCCUCCCAUUUCAAAACUCUUACCACCAUACAGGGCCGGACCAUACCUCUCGCUUUACAAGGUCUUGAUAUCCUAGGUGCUGCAAAGACAGGCUCGGGCAAGACCUUAGCAUUUCUCGUCCCCGUGCUUGAGAAUCUGUAUCGCAAGAGAUGGACCGAGUACGAUGGCUUGGGUGCCCUGAUCCUGUCCCCAACCCGCGAACUCGCUAUCCAAAUUUUCGAGGUUCUUCGCAAGAUCGGUCGCAACCAUACAUUUUCCGCGGGUCUAGUCAUUGGAGGCAAAAGUCUACAAGAAGAGCGAGAAAGACUGGCACGAAUGAACAUUUUGGUCGCUACACCCGGUCGGAUGCUUCAACAUAUGGACCAAACGGCUGAGUUGGAUAUUGGGAACCUACAACUUCUCGUGCUUGACGAGGCGGAUCGAAUAAUGGACAUGGGUUUUCAGAGCACCAUCGAUGCUCUUCUGGAACAUCUGCCACCUGAACGGCAGACUCUCAUGUUCAGCGCAACUCAAACCAAGAAGGUGUCUGACCUUGCUCGACUUUCCCUGAGAGAGCCGGAGUUUGUCUCCGUCCACGAAACAGCUGAAAGCGCUACUCCAUCAGGUCUGCAGCAGAACUACGUUGUGACGCCUUUGCCCGACAAACUCGACACGUUAUGGUCUUUCAUCCGCGCAAACACCAAAAAGAAGAUUCUUGUUUUCCUAAGCUCCGGCAAACAAGUUCGAUUCGUCUAUGAAUCAUUCCGACAUCUCCAGCCCGGUCUCCCAUUGAUGCACCUACACGGCCGCCAGAAACAGACCGCUCGUCUGGACAUAACGAGAAAAUACUCGAAUAGCAAAUUUGCGUGCUUGUUCUCCACUGACGUCGCCGCACGAGGUCUCGACUUCCCUUCGGUCGACUGGGUGGUUCAAGUAGACUGCCCAGAGGAUGCGGACACUUACAUUCACCGUGUGGGUCGAACGGCGAGAUUCGAACGUGAUGGUCGUGCCGUGCUCUUUGUCGAUCCUAGUGAAGAGGAAGGAAUGCUCGCCGCACUGGCGAAGAAGAAGGUCAUUGUGGAAAAUAUCAAUGUGCGGGUGAAGAAGAUGCAAAACUCCAUCCGGAACCAGCUGCAAAACAUGUGCUUCAAAGAUCCAGAGUUGAAAUACUUGGGUCAAAAGGCGUUCGUCAGUUACGUCCGCAGCGUGAACGUCCAAAAGGACAAAGAUACAUUCAGCCUCAAGAAGCUCGACUUGGAAGGCUUUGCCGCAAGUCUUGGUCUGCCAGGUGCACCACGAGUCAAAUUCGUCAAAGGUGAAGACGCAAAAGCCAGGAAAAACAUGCCACGACAACUCCUGGCGGCCCUUGAGGGCAGCGACACGAGUGGCGACGAAGACGAGGGCGACAACAAGCCCAAGCAGAAGCAAAAGGCCGUUCGAACAAAGUACGACCGAAUGUUUGAACGUCAAAACCAAGACGUACUCGCUGCGCAUUACACAAAACUCAUCGAAGACGACGAUGAAGAUCCGGACCGUAAUUCGUCCUCCCGACAGGCCAAUGAUGACGGAGAUGACGACGAUGAAGCCGACUUCCUUUCCGUCAAACGACGUUUCGUAGCCGGCGAUGAAGCUCUAGAUCAGAAUUCUCCGUCUGUGUCUGUACCCGACUCCGACUCCGACUCCGAAACUCCUCUGAUGGGUGAUGGCACACACUCCAAUGCUGCUGCGCCGGCCAAAAAGGAGAUUCGAACACUCAAGUUGUCCGACAAGGCCGACCCUUUGAUCAUCGACUCCCACCGGCGCGAAAAACUACUCUCGUCCCGCAAGAAGCUGCUCAAGUACAAAGGCCACGGCGCCCACCUGACGUUCGACAGCGACUCGGACACGCCAAAAGACCGCAAGGCCUACCGCGACGAGAGCACCUUUGGGCUCGACGAGGCCCGACGCGAAAAACAAGAGUUUUUGGAACGCGAGCGAGAAAGAGCAAGGGAGAUGGACGAGGUCGACAAGGAGAUUGCUCGACAAAAGAAGCGGGAGAAGAAGGAACAAAGAAAACAGAGGGCACGGGAAUUGCGGGAACAGGAACGUACGCAACAGGAGAACGGUAGCGACGAUGACGAUGAUGAUCGAGAAGGUGUUCAACUUGUGCCGUACGAAGAAGAGGAGGGCCUGGACGAGCCUGAACCUCGCCGACGACCGAAGAAGUGGUUUGAAGAUGCUUCUGAUUCGGAAGAGGGUGAACGUCUAGGGAAGCGCACCAAGAACCGCAGAGCCGCUGCUCCCGACGUCGAACAACCCGAGACCCUUGAGGAUCUUGAAGCUUUGGCUUCUGGUCUUUUGGCGACAAAAGGGUAAGGUGAAAGAGAACAGAGGGUACGUACAGUGAAGAGUAAAAAUUUGGUAGGAGAUUUGACUCCUGGCUUUUGGUAUCAACCUACCUACCUGCCCAGCUAGGUAUCUAGGUAGGUAAGGUGGAUAGGGAUAAAAAUAGACUCUACCUUGGGUUAGGGUAUCAAGGUAUCAAGGUAACACCAUCAGACUCUACAUAUUG